AUGGUUGAAAAGAAGAGACAAAUUUUAAUUGAUGGCUUGACACAAACGCUUGCGCAAAAUAAUCAAGCAUGGCAAAAUGUUCUGCAACAGCCCAGCCAGAAAAUUAAGAACGUAAAAACGUUGAAGCGCAAAAAGUUUAGUUGCGAUUACUGUAAGCGAAAAUUCGUAUACUCAACCGGGCUGGAGCGGCACAAGAAAAAAUUCCACGCUGACGAAGAAAAUUCCGUUCCAGAUCUGCCGAAGGAGGAAGGGUCCGCUGUGGAGCAUCCGCAGCUAAAAACGUUUGACAUUGUGCUGAAGUGUGAAGAAUGUGGAGAAAUCUUUCCCGAGGUCAAGCAAUUCGAAGCUCAUACCAUCCGUUACAACUGGGAGCUUAUGCUUAUGAACACAUCACCCGAGGACAUCGAUAUUGGAAGUAUGUUCCAGAAGCAGGUAUUCAUUGUGACGAUUCAUACGGCACUAGUAUGUGAAUUUUGUGACGCUUGCUUCUCUGACUGCGAGUCAUUAUUCUAUCAUGAAGCGCAUCACUCGCCAUCCUCCGGCUACGCAUGCCGAUUCUGCAAGCUAAACUUUUUCAAACUGGAAUCAGUGCUGGAGCAUCGGGAGCAGUGUUGCGAGUACACCAACUUUCGUACCACAUACCUGUUGAACGUACCGGUGAUGUACAGUUGUAAUGCUUGUAUGUCGCUGUUUUCAACGCUGCCCGAGCUGUACGAACAUCGUUUGCUGUAG